CUUGGAUCUUUGAAGGUGGCUAGUUCAGGCACAGUAAAGACGGAGAGCGGGGAGGAGAGUGCAGAGCGGCGCGAGCUGCCCAGGGUCCGGAAUGACCGUCCAGACUUGGACGAGCGAGGCGAAGACAACAGUCGGAAUCCCUAAGGUCACAGGCUGUGGCUCUCCAAUCGUGUUCCUGCCGCCACAGCGAAGUGACCUCGGGGCCUCCGCGGACUUUCCCGGACCAGGGACCUUCCUCCGAGGGUGGGGGCUGCGGGCCGGCCCCCCGAUGGCCCUGCGCCCCAAGCAUCCUACCCACCGCGCCAGCAGGACGAAGGAAGAAGGCACCGCGCGCGGCCGGCAGAAACGGAGGAGGAGCGCGCCUGGCCACCGGGGAGCCCCCGCCGCCUCUACCGGGCCCCUAGGGAGGGGAGGGCAGGGGAGAGGAGGGGAGGGGGGCCUCCGUGGCCAAAGACGCCGCCCCCACCGCUUCCGGGACUGGAACGCCUCCUCCCGCCCUGGACCCCGCGACCCAAAAAUAGCCACAGCGCGCCGGGUACUCAGUCCGAGCCCGCUGGGCGGCGCCUCGCCUCCGCUUUAG